GUUUUUUGUCAAAUUAAAUUAGAUCAUAAGGAAUUUGAAGAAUUUGAACUUUAUAAACUUCUAAGAAAAAAAAUAUUGAAAACUAAAGAUGAAGCACUUCAUUUUUUAGAUCUUCUUAUUGCCAAAGAAUUAGUUAAUAUCAAUAUAUAUUUGCAACAUCCAAUAGCAAAUUCUGCAAAUCUGACCUAUAGUCUUCAAAUUCUAGGAAGUGUAGAAGGUUCUACUGCUAUGACAAAUUCUUUAAAAUGGGAAAUAACA